CUCAACAAUAUUUAAAAUUUAGUAAACCAACAACCUUCGCUGCGAGAACACACGACAUAAGCAUCAAACGUAAAUUACUGUGGUCUCUAAAUAAUUGAUAUCAAGUCAAGAUGAGCAUAAUUAUCGCGUUGUUGGCGAUCACCUUCACGCUGGUAUUUUACUUGUUGAAAUACCAGCAAUCAUAUUGGCAAAGGCGUGGCGUGCCGCACGAUCCACCCAGCCUACCGUUGGGCACACUGAGGGAGUGGCGUCGCACGAAGUCUAUGUGUGAAAUAUUCAAACCCAUCUAUAAGCAAUUUAAGGGCACUGGUCCAUUCUGUGGCGUGUACUUUUUCGUAAAACCAGUCGUUUUCGUGUUGGACCUGGAACUAACUAAGAAGAUACUUAUUAAAGACUUUCAGAAUUUUCAAGAUCGUGGCGUUUUUCACAACGAGACUGCAGAUCCACUCACUGGCAAUCUCUUCCAGUUGGAUGGACCACAGUGGCAAGUGUUGCGUAAAAAGCUGUCGCCCACAUUCACCUCGGGCAAAAUGAAAUUAAUGUUUCCCACUGUCGUGAAAGUGGCUCACGAGUUAAUUGAAGUUAUGCGCGAGAAAACUAAAAACGCACCCGACAAUGUUUUCGAGAUCACCGAACUGCAAUCACGCUACACUGCCGAUGUAAUUGGCUCAUGCGCUUUUGGUCUCGAGUGUAACAGUUUGCAUAAUCCCGAUGCUGAGUUCGUGAUAAUGGGACGCAAGGCGCUGAUCGAACGCAGACAUGGCAAACUAGUCGACACGUUCAUAGAGAGUUAUCCAAGUUUGGCGCGUAAAUUGAAUUUGUGCUCGCUUACAAAAGAAGUGGAAGACUUCUAUGUCGGCAUAGUUCGUAAUACACUCGAAUAUAGAGAGAAGAAUGGGGUGAAACGUAAUGAUUUCAUGAAUAUUUUGUUGGAAUUGAAAAACAAGGAAGGCGCUACCGAUGGACUGUCAGUGGAGGAGAUUGCAGCGCAGGCUUUUGUAUUCCUCAUAGCUGGCUUCGAAACCUCCUCAACCACUAUGGGCUUCGCUCUGUAUGAAUUGGCCAAAAAUCAGGAAGUACAAGAUAGGUUGCGACAGGAGAUCAAUACGACGCUAAACGAGCACAACAACGAGUGCACCUAUGAGAACAUACAUCAGAUGAAAUAUCUAGAACAAGUUUUAUCAGAAACUUUACGUAAGUACCCCGUACUGCCGUUUUUGGAACGUUAUGCAAAGGCAGAUUAUGACACCGGCGAUCCACGCUAUCUCAUCGAGAAGAACAUGCGUGUAUUCAUAUUCAGCUAUGGCAUACAUUACGAUCCCGAGUACUAUCCCGAUCCAGAGAAAUUCGAUCCGGAACGUUUCACUGAGGAGGAAAUUCAGAAACGACCCGCCUGCACUUGGUUACCAUUCGGCGAUGGACCACGCAAUUGCAUCGGCUUGCGUUUCGGCAAAAUGCAGGCGCUAAUCGGUCUCGCAUUGCUGAUCAAGCAUUUCAAAUUCUCCUUUGCACCACAGACACCAGCUGAAUUGACUUACAAAAAAGAGACAAUACUGCUAUCAGCGGAACAUGGCAUACACUUGCGGGUGGAGGCGUUGAAAGACCGCUACAACAAGAAUAGCAAUAACAACAACCGUAAUCUCGCCAUGAUCACCGACUUUUUGAUGAAACCGGCAAUGGACGUCUCGGUGCUUUUCGGCCUGCUUAUUGGCAUCGUCUUGCUAAUUGCGUUUUGUUUACUACGUCAGCAGAGUUACUGGCGUCGGCGCGGCAUACCGCACAGCAAGCCUAUGCUCUUGAUGUCCAUGGGAACCAAGCAUGUAGUGCAGAUUUUACGCGAGUCAUAUCAGCAGUUCAAAGGCACGGGACCCUUUUGUGGAUUCUUUUUGCUAGCCACCAAUACAGCGCUAAUAGUGGACUUGGAGUUGGUGAAGAAGAUACUCGUUAAGGAUUUCAACUACUUUUCGGAUCGUGGUCUGUACACUAAUGCGCACAAUGAUCCGCUUUCGGGUAAUAUGUUCUUCGCCGAAGUUGAGGGUUGGAAGCGUUUACGUGCAAAACUGACGCCGACCUUCACCUCUGGCAAAAUGAAGAACAUGUUUCAUAUGGUUACGGCGGUCGGCGAGCGUUUUGCGGCAACAGUUCACACCCGAAUCGGUGGUGGCGAUGCUGAAGGUCACGGCAAAGUGCUGCUUGUAUCAGACCUUAGUGGACGCUAUACCACCGAUACGAUCGGCACUUGCGCCUUCGGGCUCGAGUGCAAUAGCCUAGAUGCGGAGACACCAGAUUUCGUAUUGGUCACGAAUAGUUUUAUCAAUCGCCGGCGUCAUAACAAACUUGUCGAGGGCUUAAUCUUCAGUUUUCCGCGUAUUGCACGCUUUCUGGGUAUGCGCAUUAUGUCACAGCAUGUGCACGACUUCUAUAUAAAGCUUGUGGAAGACACGCUCGAGUACCGCAAAGGCACGAAAUUGCGACGUAACGAUUUUCUUGACCUACUAAUCGAUAUGAUGGAACGUGAGGAUGCCGAUGGCAAACGUAUUGAAGGUUUGAGUGUGAACGAAAUAGCCGCACAGACCUUUUUGAUGUUUCUGGCGGGAUUUGAGACCUCAGCGACAACAAUGAGCUUUGCACUUUACUUACUGGCGCAGCAUCCCGACAUCCAAGAACGACUAAGGCGAGAUAUUAACGAGGUGCUCGCUGCCAACAAUGAACUGCUCACAUAUGAGUGUAUCAAGCAAAUGAGCUACCUGCAACAAGUAAUAUGUGAGACGCUUCGUAUGUAUCCGAUCGUGCCGAAUCUGAUGCGCAAGGCACAGUCGUAUUACGACACUGGCGACCCAAAGUAUUACAUUGAGAAGGGCACCUUGGUCAUUAUACCCACUAUAGCCAUACAUUAUGACCCACAGUAUUACCCGAAUCCUGAGCGCUUCCAGCCCGCGCGUUUCACUCCCGAAGAAGUUCAACGCCGACCUGCUUGUACUUGGCUGCCUUUCGGCGAGGGUCCACGCAAUUGUAUCGGCAUGCGUUUUGGCAGAAUGCAGACCAGCAUCGGGCUAAUUUAUUUGUUACGUAAUUUUCGAUUUAGUGUCGCCGCUGAAACCGAAAUACCCUGUCCAUUAAUAAAAGCAUCGUGCUUGGUUUCACCAGAGAAUGGCAUCCAGCUCAGAGUGGACAGAGUAGAACGCGCCAAGCCUAUUAGACUUCUAACGCAACCCUUCGUACGUACACAUCGCGCCGUAACACUUUGUGCACCUGUCGGCACGUUUCGCUCAGCUCAGAUAUACUGCACCUCAAUGUUGGGCUAUAGUUUCGUAAUAGCGCUCUACGCGCUCUUAGGGCUGUUCACAAUGUUUGUUGGUAUGAUUCGUUCGCGUAUGCUCUAUUGGCAGCGUCGCGGUGUAGCACACGACCAGCCGGCUUUUAUAUUGGGCAAUCUGCGAAGUCUUGCCAUCACGCGCCAACUCGGCGUGGCAUUACGUGAAACUUACGAUAAGUAUAAGCAUAGUGACGGUCCGUUUUGUGGCUUCUACUUGUUGCUCAAUCCAGUAGCGCUAGUGACGGAUUUAGAUUUGGCACGCAAUAUACUCGUACGAGACUUUCAAAAGUUCGACGAUCGUGGUUUGUACCAUAAUAAACACGAUGAUGCAUUUUCCGAGAACCUGUGGAGUUUAGAGGGGGACGCAUGGCGCACGUUGCGCAGAAAACUGUCGCCGAUUUUCACGACAGGUAAAACACAAUCCCUCGUACCGCUCGUCACCAAAGUUGGCGAGCAGUUAAAGCAAACAUUAGCGAAACAACAAAGCACCGAUGCUGAACUGAAGGUGCAAGACCUUGUUGAACGUUACACCACAGAUGUUAUUGCCAACAGCGUACUCGGUUUGGAUUGCAAUAGCCUUGAAAGCCCGGAUACCGAAUUUCGCAUGGUCAUACAAAGUUUCGCCUCAAAGCAACGCAACAGCUUAGCAGUUGCCUUAAUGCAGUGCUUGCCAAAGCUAGCACAACGCUGUCACUUAUCCCGGACAUUGAGAGAAGUACGAGAUUUCUAUUACCGCCUAGUCGGCGGUACAAUAUUACAACGCGAGGAGAAUAACAUAAAACGCAAUGAUCUAAUGAGCGCACUGAUCGAAUCGAAAAACACUGAAGAAGGUGGACACAAGUUAACUACCGACGAGAUCAUUGCAAACUCCGCUUUGUUCUUCAGCGCUGGCUAUGAAACCUCAUCAGCAACUUUGACUUUUGCACUUUAUGAAUUGGCACUUAAUCAAAAGACUCAAACCAAAUUACGCAAAGAAAUUACAGAGACGCUAGAAAAGCAUGGCGGCAAACUUACCUCGGAAUCACUGAGCGAUAUGAGUUACCUAGAUAUGGUCAUUGCAGAAACUUUACGCAAACAUCCGAUAAAUCCCUAUAUCGAACGCGUUGCGAAUGAGGACUACGAAACCACAAUGGCAGGUUAUGUUAUAUAUGCUGGCACUAAGGUGCUCAUACCUGUUGAAGCCAUACACACUGAUCCGGAGUUCUACCCUGAGCCUGCGAAAUUCAAACCAGAACGUUUUGAAACUGAAAAAAUGGGUCGUCGCCAUCCGACGGCUUGGUUACCCUUUGGCGAAGGGCCCCGCAACUGCAUUGGCAUGCGUUUGGGCCAGUUACUAAUCCGAAUUGGUCUCAUAUCCCUACUGAGUCAGUUUAAAUUUUCACCAUGUCCGCGCACUCACACUCCGUUGGAAUACGAUGACACAAGUCCACUCUUAAAGCCGCAAAGUGGAUUGUAUUUACAUGCAGCGAGACUCAGUUAGCUGAAAGAUCGCGUGUUUAGACGAAAUAAGCUCGGCUUUUACUGAAGACUUGUGGAAAAGGCUUUUUAGAAAAUGUUCUCGAAUCCAUAAGCAUGUUAUAUCUUUCAUUCAGACAGUGAGUCAAAUGUUCCGGUUACAAAAAUAUGUACAUAGCAAGAAGUCUUAUGAAUUGUUGAGAUAUUUUAUAAGAAAUACACACUUGUUUAUUUAAAAAUUAAAUUCAAAUUAAGUAUA